UUGUCUGUUUUUCUACAUACAGCAUCCUAUGCCGGGGCCUAAAGGAGUGUAUGUACAACGACAGACUAGGAGUCCUGCUCAAGUAGUUAGUCCAACCGCUUUCACUGCCAGAUCACCACAACCUCAGCAACCUAGACCAGCCUUCCAAGUGGUCCGGCGGAACACUUCUUCCCCGCAAGCCCACCACGGCAUAUGGCCCAACGCCAACCUGGCCUCGCCUCCUCCGCCCAGCACGCAGGGUCCCGGUUGGCACCAAUACUUCCGGCCGACGCCCGUUAGCCCCACCAUGCAGAGGUACCCCCCUCCGCCCCCUCACCAGCAGCAGCACCAGCAGCAGCAGUCGCAUCCUCAGUCUCACCCUCAGCCUUAUCCUGUCUACUCUAGUCCGCCAAUCGUCAGUAAUGUAAGUCAGACCGCUUUGAUACCAUCAAUUUAUUAA